UCUUGCCAUUCAACUCUCAGCUGUCGACGCGUAAACAUUGCAUUUAGAUUUAAAAAGGCUCUGUUUUGGUUUGAGUUUUGCGUGGUUUACCUUUUUUUACCUCUUCUAAGACUCUGUUAUUGUUUUCGACAAGUGCUAAUACCUAUUUUGAUGCACUUGAGUGCCUCCAUCUUGCGGUGUAUUGUGUCCACUAAUUGAGAGAGCAAUCUGAGUGACGCCCCCUCACUUCCGUGACGUCGCAAAUGUAAAUGCAGUGCGCGGGUACUUAUUUUAAUUCGAUUUAAUUGCUCUCGUGGCUGGCCGAAAGCUUAAACAGCCAGCUAUCAUGAUGGAUAUGAAGUUCCUGAUGAUUCUCAUCCUGGGCGUCGGUUUUAUGUUCGUCUUUACGGCGUUCCAGACCAUGUGUAACAUUGAGAAAACCAUACUGGACAGUAUUUCCCAGGAGGAUGAGAGCUUCAAGGGUGAGGGCUACACCAGCCUGGCCAUCAUUUAUCUGUUCUUCUCCCUCUCCAACUGGCUGGCACCUUCGUUCAUAUCUUUUACGGGUCCCCGAGUGGCCAUGGUCGUGGGAGCAUUGACCUAUACCGCGUUCAUGAUCACGUUCAUGUUUCCGUCGACAGUACUGCUGUACGUGGGCAGUGCGGUUCUCGGGUUGGGGGCCUCGAUCACCUGGACGGGACAGGGUACCUAUCUCGCCAGGUGCAGCGAGUCUUCGACCAUAUCCCGAAACUCCGGCGUUUUCUGGGCCUUGCUGCAGUGCAGCAUGUUCAUCGGGAACUUGUUUGUGUACUACCAGUUCCAGGACAAAACGCGAAUUGAUAAGGAGACCCGGAAUCUGGUCAUCGGAGUGCUGACUUUGAUAGCCGUCCUGGGCAUUGUCUUCCUGGCGGCUCUGCGCUACAUGGCGGACAAUGCGGAGCAUGAUAAUGAACUGGAGCAGAAGCAUACAGGGUGUGGUCAGGCCAUGUACGCCCUGAAGUCGGCGGGUCAGCUUUUCUUCACCAAGAAAAUGCUGCUUCUCAGCUUGGCAUUCUUUUAUACAGGUCUGGAACUAUCGUUCUUUAGUGGAGUUUUCGGCUCCGCCAUUGGAUUCACAACGAAAAUAGCCGAAACGCCCAAGGAGAUCGUGGGCCUGGUUGGCAUUUGCAUUGGAGCCGGUGAGGUCUUCGGAGGUGGACUCUUCGGAAUUCUGGGCAACAAGACGACGCGAUAUGGACGCGACCCCAUCGUAAUUGCCGGUUACGUGAUGCACAUGGUGGCAUUCUUCAUGACCUUUAUCAACCUGCCGAACAGCGCACCGUUUAAAGAUACCACCGAUAUAUCGUAUCUGGAUCCGCCCAGCGCCACCAUUGCACUGAUCUGCGCCUUCCUGUUGGGCCUGGGCGAUGCCUGCUUCAACACACAAAUCUACUCGAUGCUGGGCGGAGAGUACGUGAAUAAUGCUGUGGGGGCUUUUGCCCUCUUCAAGUUCACCCAGUCAGUGGCAGCGGCCAUCAGCUUUUUCUACUCCUCGCACUUUGGACUGUACGUCCAACUCGGCAUCCUGGUGGUCACGGGAACCAUUGGCACCAUUGCUUUUGUUUUCGUAGAAUGGGGCUUCAAGCGACAGCAUCGGGAGCAGGAAGCCCUGGAGAAGUAGAAUAGUUGUUCCUUAGAGCGUUAGGGCGACCAGUUUGGUUCGCAAUUGUUAAAUUUCCCCGGAGUGCGUUAGAUCCGUGCGACUGCGUCGUCUUCCUAGACAAUAACUAAUAAGUUUGUUGUGCGCUGCUGUUGCUACAUAUUUGUAUUUUAAUGUUGGCAUUCCAAACCGUAAUUGUAAACUAGUUGUCUAUGUUUUUAUAUGUGUGUACUGUAUAUGUGCGUUUAUUUAUUGUAAGCAACGAAUGUGCAAUUGUAAAUUAAACCACAGCAAUUGAGUAUUAAUAAGCAAAUCGGGCGGCGUGCACGCAAAGCAUAUCCGCGCAAAUAUAUAUAGAGAAUUUUAAGGAAA